UGCUACGCAGAUUUCGCUCGUGUCGGAGGUCGUCAGCAAGUGUCGUUGGCUGAUGAAUGCAUACGGUAUUCGACAAUAAUCCACGAGUUGAUGCACGUCAUCGGUUUCAUUCACGAGCAUCAACGUGCCGAUCGCGAUGCUUACGUGAAGAUUAUGUGGCAAAAUGUUAUACCAGGUGCUGAAAGUGAUUUCGAUAAGUUACCAACCGAAGGGCUGUCAUACUACGGUGAAGAGUAUGAUUAUUUCUCGAUAAUGCAUUACGAGUCGAACGAAGGCAGUCGAAACGGUUUGAAUACAAUCGAAGCGAACGUUGAGUUUUAUACGAAACUGAUGGGUAAAGGCAACCAGUUCUCUGCCGCUGAUCUCCACCGUAUCAAUCGCGCUUAUCGAUGCUCAUCAACUUACAAUCUCCAUUGA